AUGUCGACUCCGCCGUCCCUCACGACUAGUGUGCGGCAGCACGCCGCCGGCGCGUACCAGUACGCCCAGCGGUCCCUCGACCGCGUCGUCGAGCCCGAGACGCGGUUGCGAGUCUACGACGCCUCGUACGCGCUGGCGUCUACCCGGCCUCUAAUUUUUUCCGCCGCCGUUGCGCUCCUCUUCUUUUCCGCGCUACCCAUCCUCCUCUUCGCCGUCUUUUCUGUGUGCGUCGCCAGCAUGGCCGUCGGCGGCGGCAUCCUCUUUGCCCUGUUUUGGCUCGCCCUCGGCGUUUUGGUACUCGUCCCCACGCUCGCCGUCACCUCGGUGCUCGCCCUGGUCGUCUGGGCCUGGGUCGUCGGCAGCUUCAUCGUGGUGCGCGCCAUGUACGGCGCCGUUGUUAAGUGGGAUGCUGGUCGUUAUCCGGCCGGAGCCGAGAUGAAGGGGCUGCGGCAGCAGCAGCAGCUCAGACAGCCGCCGCCUGUACCCCAGACUCGACCGGAGAAGAAGUCGGCCAACGGCAAUGGGCAGGACACUAAUGCAGCGGUGGACAGAGAUGCUUAG